GGUCGGUCUUCCAAACUCAUCAAGUUGCGACAAGUUGGUGGUCGCAUUUUUGGGUUAAGUUCUGAUUACUUUGUCACAUCCUCAAAACAAGACACCGUCGAUGAGCUUUGUAGGCUGCUAGGUACUAUACCCGGAAGCCAUACCUACCCACCAUUUCCUCCCAUUCUCUUUCCAAACGCAGUUGUUGACGCUAGUAAUUCAACUGUCUUUGGUAACUGGAAGCCCUUGGCUCAGAUCUUGAAAGCGGUUUUGAUGGGCGAAGCAUCCCUUACAUCUGUCAAGAAGGGUGGGCCACCUAGAAACUACAAGAUUUGGGGUGUAUCUACCAUAAUGCCCGGAGCAAUUGCAUGGAGCACCACAAUUGCCAUCUUUCUUCUAUCACCAGAUAUGGUAUUCUCUCAAGAUGGCCACGGCAAAAGCUCGGGGAUUCAAUACAAAAAUCUAUUCUACAGCUUCAAGAAGAUUUUGGUGUGUUGCUGGGAUGCUCCGUAUCUCACAAAGAUCAGAUGCCACAUUGAGGGACAUAUCUUUGGAGCCGCGAAGCUACCAGUUGAUGCACCUGAUGGGAAAGACUUUACUGUGCAGAUUGCACUUGCAAUGGCU